CAGAGUUCAGCAAUGUGCCAUAAAGAACCUGUGCUUGAAAAGAGCUACUCUCCGCCAAUGGAAAAGCUACUGAUGCUACCUGCCCCUACAGAGCUACAGGCUAAGAAGAGAACUUGUCUAUCUAACAUUCAAUCAAAUAAAACCAGAAGGACUCUAUUUGAAGUCUCGGCAACCCAUAGACAAGAUGAAUCUGAAGAUUUGGAGAUUAAAGAGUUGCAAGCAUGUCCAAGUGCUCGAUGGAAUCAUGCUAUGUGCUUGUCUGACAGAGACACAGCAGUUUUGAUUGGUGGUGAAGGAUCUAAUCAACAAUUCUGCAAAGAUGUUUUCUGGAAACUGGAGAUUGAUAAUGACUUUUGGUUCCCUAUGGAUUUCCCAACACAAAAUUUCAUACCACAGUGUUCCCGAGGUCACAGUGCCACUUUUGACCCAGAUACCAAGCGCAUCUACAUAUUUGGGGGCAUAAAAGAGGGGAGAUGCUGCAACAGCAUCUAUGUUUUGGAUACAACAUCUUGGAAAUGGCUUCAUGUUUUUGCUAAAGGGAAAGUGCCCACUCUGGCCUUUCAUACUGCAACUGUCUAUCGCAAGGAAUUAUUUGUCUUUGGAGGAGCUUUCCCUAAAAUGUUGUCCUUGGAGAUGGGCGCCUGCAGUAAUGCGCUUUUUAUUUUCAACCCUGACUAUGAGAUUUGGUACCAACCUAUUGUGGAGGGGGAGAAACCUCUGCCAAGGCUUGGUCAUUCAGCCACUUUGUUGAAGAACAAAUUAGUCAUAUUUGGAGGCCAGAGGACUUCUACAUACCUGAAUGACACACACAUCCUUGAUCUAGGUUUUAUGGAGUAUAAAACAGUUCCAUCUCUCUCUGGACAGCCUUCUGCUCGCAGUUUCCAUGCUGCUAUCCAAAUCUCUGAUCAAAAAAUGUUGGUAAGUGGUGGCUGUAAUGCCAAAGCUGCUUUUCAGGAUGCAUUUAUCUUCCAUUUAGAUACCUUGACUUGGAGUGCCAUUAAGCAUAGCGAUCU